GAAAAAGAAGACGGCGUGAAGAAGAGUGGGUACAAUAUAAACAAAGGGAGGGGAUUCCGACACCUGCCACAACCGUUCCGAACAAUACCGCCUCGUCCUCCGCCCGCACACCCCCGACCGACCGCCCUCGACGAGCGAACCAACACAAGUAUGUUCUUCAUCAGCGCAAUAGUAAAGAACAUAGCGCCCAUCUUCAUAGCAACCAGCCCCAUCACCAGUUAUGGCGACCAAAUCUACUCGAUGCACCGCGCGCGCAGCUCCGCCGGCUUCUCCCUCGACAUCCCCCUCAUCAUGCUCGUCGCCAGCAUCCUAAAAGUCUACUACUGGUUCGGCGCCCACUUCAGCACCUCGCUGCUCAUCCAGGCCCUCCUCAUGAUAUGCGUCCACCUCCUCCUACUCCACGUCGCGCUCACAAAUCGGCCCCCGCCCUCGCACCUGCCGUUCCAGCACAACGAUGUGUCGAGUCGCCCCUACGACUUUUGGCAGUGGAGGGCGCCCCGCCCGUACUGGGCGUUUAUCACGUAUUUUGCGGGGAGCCUGCUGGUCUUGCACUUGCUUAUGAGCUCGACGGCCGUGUUUGGGCCGUAUACGGAUUUGCUGGGCGGCAUUGCGUUGACGAUCGAGGCGACGCUGCCGCUACCCCAGAUUCUGGCAAAUUGGCAGCGGCGUGGGUGCAAGGGGUUCCGCCCGAGUGUUAUUGUGAAUUGGGUGAUCGGUGAUACGUUUAAGAUGUGGUUCUUUUUUGCGAGUAGCAGUGGAGAAGUGCCCUGGGCGUUCAAGGCGUGCGGUAUCUUCCAGGCGUGCUGCGAUUUGGGGCUUGCGGCGCAGUAUUUGGUUUGGGGAGAUGGCCCGGCUGGGGUUGAGGGGCUGGGCAGGGAGAAGGAACUGAGGAGUCCGGUUCCGGGGGAUGUGGAUUGGAGUAUAGAGAAGUUGGGGCAGGCGAGUGUCACCGGGGGGAUUGAGAUGAGUGAUGCGCAGGCGUGGGAGAGACCUAGGGCUGGGUAGGGGACAGGAGGAUUGGAAUACAAUUGGAGGAAAUGCAGGGGGUUGAGACGAAUGAUAUACGUGGACAUCAGGCAUGUCGAGCAACGUUGGAUUUGAAUAACAAGUUUAGAAUUGAUAGUACACUGUGAAUAUUGUACACUUGAAUAGCAAGACAUUAUCAGG